GUCUUAAAUUCCCACGAGGACAAUAAAAGUUAACUACCGGUUUGGCUUGCCCAUUAGUGUUAAAAUGAAUGCGAAGAGUCUGUCAAUCGCGUUGCUCCUUUUAUUUACGAGUGUAUCGUGCCAUGAUACAGAAGUUGUGAAAGUUCAAACGCCUUUAGGUCGUAUAAGUGGUCGCCGUAUACCAGAUCAGUAUGGAAAUAAAUAUGACACUUUUCUGGGCAUUCCCUACGCACAACCGCCCGUCGGAAGGCUCCGAUUCGAACCACCGCAACCGAUUAAAAGAUACGAAUACGAAUUGCAAGCCACGAAAUUGGGUUCCCCGUGUACGCAAUUCGAAGUCACUUCACGCAAGCCGGACAAAGUCAGCGGCUGCGAGGAUUGCUUAUAUUUGAAUCUGUACGUACCAGUUAAAAAUAACAGCGACAGCUUGUUGCCAGUGAUGAUUUGGAUUUUUGGGGGAGCCCUUCAAUUUGGUGACGGAGACACUGUACAUCCGAAUGUUUUUCCGGUUCGUAACAUAAUAAUAGUGACGUUCAAUCAUCGACUAGGACCGCACGGUUUCCUUAGCACGGGAGACAGUGUCGUUCCUGGUAACAUGGGACUGAAGGACCAGAACAUGGUUCUUCGUUGGGUCCAGAAAAAUAUCAGAAGCUUUGGUGGUAAUCCUAAGAGUGUAACUAUUUUUGGUUUUAGUGCGGGAGCUGUUUCCGUUCAUUACCACUACUUAUCACCUCUUAGCGCUGGUCUUUUCCAAAGAGGUGCAGCGGGAAGUGGCUUAGCAUUCGCCCCUCAUAUAAUGGACAGGAACCCCUCUGCGACAGCUAGGAAGUUGGGAGCUUAUUUGAGGUGUCCGACAGACAAUUCAACUCAAUUAGUCACGUGUUUACGCCAAGUCCCACCGCGCGUUUUGUCCGAAGCAACGACCGCUAUUAUGAUUUGGGGCAAUACUCCGCCCAUACCGUUUGCACCCGUCAUCGAGACACCUGGACCUAACGCGUUUAUUUCUCGUUCCCCAGUUGAUAUCAUCUACAGAGGCGAGGCCUACGAUGUUCCUUUGAUUCUUAGCGUUGUUAGUGAAGAGGGGUUGUAUACCGCUUCACAGUUUUACGAGAACAACACGAUGCUAAAGCAAUUGAACGAUAAUUGGACAAUCAUUGCUCCAUAUUUGUUGAGUUUUUACUCAUCCAUACCGCGUUCUCAGCAGAGUUCGGUGGCGCAAAAGAUUCGAAGACAUUAUCUGGGAUCAAACGAGAUUAAUGGCAGCGAUUCGAACUUAAGGCCGUUGAUAGAAAUGAUUGGCAACAGAUUGUUUGAUAUACAAUAUGAGAAAGCUGCUCGACUGCACGCGGGAAGGAAUAAAAGCCCGGUGUGGACUCUUUAUUACAAUUACAGGGCCACCCACAGUUUCGCCGAUGCGAUCAGUGGUUCCACUAGACACUUGGGCGUAUGUCACGGCGACGAUAUGCAUCUUUUGAUGAACACGUUGGGAAACAUGACGGAUCCGAACGACAUAAAAGUACGGCGAAUAAUGUUGAACAUGUUUUCGUCAUACGCUACUCAAGGUAAACCACGCAUUAAUGGCGUUAAGUGGCAACCAUUUGAUCCCAAUAAAAAGAGAAUUCAAUUCCUCCGUCUAACCAGUCCGACGAACGUAAGUAUGGAGACACGUUACAAUUUUGGUCACAAGAAUUUUUGGAGUACAAUUGACUUUGACGAGAACAAAAUUUCCCCUAUAAUUUAGCAGUUUGUUAAUAAAGUUCGAUUUGUCAAAUCUGGAACCAUUUGCAUUCAACGAAACACGCACUAUUUGAUUAUCUUUGACAAAUUCUUUAUUAAUAGAACAUUUUAGGAACAACUCUGUUAUAUACAUUAAAUGUUAGUAAUAAAGUGCAUUUUUGAAGCCACGAUACAUGGUAAUGAAUUUUAUCUGAUUGACAGUAAAAUGUCUGAUGUUAUUCGUAAUCAGUAAAUUGCGUCUUCUUCAUAUUUUUUACGACUUGGAACAUGACUAAUAUAUUAUAGAUUAAGAAUAGAAAUUCAAAUAUGUUAUCUAAAGUAUUCAUACUUAUAUAAUUUCCGAUAUUAAUUAUAAUAAUUAGAAUUAUGUAAAUUGCGCGCGAUAAGCUCCCCCUUUGAGAAAGUCAUUCUUAAGAUAAGAACAUUUAUAUUUUGAAGUGGAACGUUCUCUUAUACUUGUAACUGCAAUUUAAUAAAUCCAUACAGUGAUUGCCCCGGA